CGCCGGGACUUGGCUUUGGAUUUUUUUUUGACCUUGAGGAUCUUGGGGACCGACGUUCCUGGUUUGGACCCAAGCCUCAUCCCCUGGUUGCAUCCCUUCCACUCAUACCAACUCUUAAGACUAUAUUUUCAAUGAUAUAGCAACCUCCUUUUAUAGCAUCCCCUGGUCCUGCAUUCGCUGUUGCUGAGUGCUUUUCACUUAGCUGAUGGGUACUUAACAGCUGAUGCUUCUGGGUCCAGGAUGAGGAGGAGCUUAGCUCCCAGCCAGUUGGCCAGGAGGAAACCAGAAGACAGAUCAUCUGAUGAUGACGACUGGCAGCCUGGGACAGUAACUCCUAAGAAACGCAAGUCCAGCAGUGAGACCCAGGCCCAGUGUUUCCUGUCUCCUUUCCGGAAGCCCUUGACUCAGCUACUCAACCGGCCACCUUGUCUGGAUAGCAGUCAACAUGAAGCAUUUAUUCGAAGUAUUUUGUCAAAGCCUUUCAAGGUCCCCAUUCCAAAUUAUCAAGGUCCCCUGGGCUCUCGUGCAUUAGGCCUGAAAAGGGCUGGAGUUCGUCGUGCCCUUCAUGACCCUCUGGAAGAAGGUGCCUUGGUUCUCUAUGAGCCUCCCCCACUCAGCGUCCAUGACCAACUGAAGCUUGACAAGGAAAAACUCCCUGUUCACGUGGUUGUUGAUCCUAUUCUCAGUAAGGUGUUGCGGCCUCAUCAGAGAGAGGGAGUGAAGUUCCUAUGGGAGUGUGUCACCAGUCGUCGAAUUCCUGGAAGCCAUGGCUGCAUCAUGGCCGAUGAGAUGGGCCUGGGGAAGACACUACAGUGCAUCACAUUGAUGUGGACACUUUUACGCCAGAGCCCAGAAUGCAAGCCAGAAAUCGAGAAGGCAGUGGUGGUGUCACCUUCCAGUCUGGUGAAGAACUGGUACAAUGAGGUUGAGAAAUGGCUUGGAGGGAGGAUUCAACCUCUGGCCAUCGACGGAGGCUCGAAGGACGAGAUAGACCGAAAACUGGAAGGAUUCAUGAACCAGCGUGGAGCUAGAGUGCCUUCCCCCAUCCUCAUCAUUUCCUAUGAGACUUUCCGCCUGCAUGUUGGAGUUCUUAAAAAAGGAAAUGUUGGACUGGUCAUUUGUGACGAGGGCCACAGGCUAAAGAACUCUGAGAAUCAGACUUAUCAGGCUCUGGACAGCUUGAAUACCAGCCGGCGGGUGCUCAUCUCCGGGACCCCCAUCCAAAAUGAUUUGCUGGAAUAUUUCAGCUUGGUGCACUUUGUAAAUUCAGGCAUUUUGGGAACUGCCCAUGAAUUCAAGAAGCAUUUUGAGUUGCCAAUUUUGAAGAGUCGAGAUGCAGCUGCCAGUGAGGCAGAUAGGCAGCGUGGGGAGGAGCGUCUGCGGGAGCUCAUCAGUAUUGUGAACAGGUGCCUGAUACGGAGAACAUCUGACAUCCUCUCUAAGUAUCUGCCCGUGAAGAUUGAGCAGGUUGUUUGUUGUAGGCUGACACCCCUUCAAACUGAGCUAUACAAGAGAUUUCUGAGACAGGCUAAGCCUGAAGAAGAAUUGCGUGAGGGCAAGAUGAGUGUGUCUUCCCUGUCUUCUAUCACCUCUCUAAAGAAGCUGUGUAAUCAUCCAGCUCUAAUCUAUGACAAGUGUGUGGCAGAGGAGGAUGGCUUUGAGGGCACUUUGGGUAUCUUCCCACCUGGUUAUAACUCUAAAGCUGUAGAGCCACAGUUGUCAGGUAAGAUGCUGGUCCUUGAUUACAUUCUGGCCAUGACUCGAAGCCGUAGCAGUGACAAAGUCGUGCUGGUGUCUAAUUAUACUCAGACAUUGGAUCUCUUUGAAAAGCUGUGCCGGGUUCGAAGGUACUUGUAUGUUCGCCUGGAUGGCACAAUGUCCAUUAAGAAGCGAGCCAAGGUUGUGGAGCGCUUCAAUAGCCCAUCGAGCCCUGAUUUUGUUUUCAUGCUGAGCAGCAAAGCUGGGGGCUGUGGUCUUAACCUCAUUGGUGCUAACCGACUGGUCAUGUUUGAUCCUGACUGGAAUCCAGCCAAUGAUGAACAAGCUAUGGCCCGAGUCUGGCGUGAUGGUCAAAAGAAGACCUGCUAUAUCUACCGACUGCUAUCUGCAGGAACAAUUGAGGAGAAGAUCUUUCAGCGGCAGAGCCACAAGAAGGCUCUGAGCAGCUGUGUGGUGGACGAGGAGCAGGAUGUGGAGCGUCACUUUUCUCUUGGUGAGCUCAAAGAGCUGUUUACCCUGGAUGAAGCAAGCCUCAGUGACACACAUGACAGAUUGCAUUGCCGCCGUUGUGUAAACAGCCGCCAGGUCUGGCCACCCCCUGAUGGUUCUGACUGCACUUCAGACCUGGCUCAGUGGAACCACAGCACAGAUAAACGAGGGCUCCAGGAUGAGGUACUCCAGGCUGCCUGGGAUGCUUCAUCUACAGCCAUCACCUUCGUCUUCCACCAGCGUUCUCAUGAGGAGCAGCGUGGUCUUCACUGAUAACCAGCUGGUCUGGAUGUAGUUGUCUGGGAAAGGAUACAGGGAAAGGGGUUCUCUGCCUCAUGAGGCUCUGCUCAGUUUUAGUCUCUGGGAGAAAAUCAUCAAGAAGGGCUGCAUGAUGUUUGCCCAAAAUUUAUUUUAUAAGAAAAACUUUUUUGGUUUAAAAAAAAAAAAAAAGAAAGGAAUAAAGGCAUGAAAGGGA